AUGGCCUUGAACGCUCUUGUCGACUCGCUGAAAACGGCGGACCUACUCCCCUCCCCCGUCUUCCCAGCAGACUUCUCCCCCUCAGCAACCCUCAGCAUAGCAUUCCCUUCGAAAAAUAUCGAAAACGGCACAUUAGUCCGCGUCAGCGAAGUCAAACAACAACCCACCCUCUCCAUCUCCCUCUCCACACCCCCAGCCCCUUCUCAAGCCUACACAUUUAUGCUCAUCGACCCCGAUGCGCCCACACCCGCGGACCCAAAGUUCGCAUACUGGCGCCAUUGGGUCGUGUCGCACAUCGUGCCCGGGACGCACGCUGACGCGACGCAGAGCGGGACUACGUUGACGCAGUAUCUGGCGCCGGGGCCGAAGGAUGAGUCUGGGCCGCAUCGGUACUUGUUCCUACUUUUUGAGGAGCCGGAGGGGUUUAAGUUGGAGAAGAGUGAUGUGGGGGGCGAGGAGUUUGUGGAUCGGAGGAGUUUUAAGGUUGGGGAGUUUGUGGGGAGGCAUGGGUUGAGGGUUGUGGGGGUACAGUGGAUGAGGGGGGUUGGGGAUGGGUGGGUGGGGGAGGAGUAG